GGGAUACAUUCCUGCCUCUUAAAUUGUUAGUAAACGGUUAGUGAUUAAAGACAACGCCCUCUACAUUGCGUGUGAAAAUCGAAAAGUGUUCCUUGAACUUCCUCCGCCUUUUCUUUUUUAUGAUCUCCCUUCCCUCUUCCCGUCUGCACCAUCGUCUAUAUAUUUUUUUCGGAGUGCAAAAAAACGGGAUUUUUGGCAAUAAGGCGAUCUGGCAUGCCAGUCGAAGGAAAAAAGCGACGAGCCAGGUUGCAGAUAAACGCUUAGUGUUUGAUCCCGGCGUUUUAUCGGAGACACGCGCGCCUAUGGCCGCGAUAAUAAUUAAUUGAUAGUACAAAAGAGCGUCUACUACUCUCGGACGGUUUAGUUCUUAUUUCUUUGGCGUCGUUCUCUAGGUUAAGGUUUAUCUGUCGUCAUGGUCGGUUGACGUUGUCCUGUGAAAAGUGCCACAAUUAUGUAGUUUUUGUGCGAGAGUCCGGCAAAUAGUCGUUUAAAAAAUAACCGCGGCAGUAUUUUGUUUUCGCGAGUAAUGAAGAAGAAUCGUCACCAAUCGCUACCCGAUCCGACCACGCAUGGCCGAGCUGCCGGUACCCGCUGAUCGUCGCAAGACGUCGCACCGCACACAACGGAUGGUACUCGGUCUGUACGGGUACCGUCGUCUCGCGUCGCUACGCAGACAGUUCUCUAGGGAUUUGCAGGAAUGGCCCAAGUUACGGACACUAAACCCGAUACCAUGCGCCAAAUAAUAAGUGAGGUUAGUGGCGGCGGUACCGCUAACGGAGCGGUACCGCGGCGGGACGGUAACCCGGGCAAAAAAAAUUACAAUCUCGAGCACUACCUGAACGAGAAAAACAAGCCGAAAGUCGAGGUGAAUCCGUUGUACGACGGCGGUACCGGGAAGCCGGAAAAGUUGAUCAUGACCACCGAAGACAAACCAGUAUUACACGUGCAGUUCGACCACCGAAACAGCGACUCUUCGAUCUCCAAACAGCCCUGCCCGUCGCCGUCACCACCGUCGACAGAUUCUUCUUCUUCGUCGUCGUCGUCUUCGAGCAGUACCGACUCCUUGGAGAUAUCGGAAACGCGUCCUCCGGACGGCGGCUGGGGUUGGGUCGUAGUCGUAGCUUCGUUCGUAGUUAAUUUGAUCGCCGACGGGAUUACUUUCAGUUUUGGUGUCAUAUUUGUAGAGUUUUUAAAGUACUUCGGCGAAAAUCGCGGUACAACCGCUUGGGUGGGCAGCCUGUUCAUGGCGAUGCCUCUGCUGUCCGGCCCGAUAGCUAGCUUCCUCACCGAUCGUUACGGCUGCCGAAAGGUGACGAUAUUCGGCGCGAUCCUCGCCUCCAUGGGCUUCGUCAUCAGUUCUCGCGCCAACAGCAUGAUGGUACUGUGCAUCACGUUCGGUUUGCUGGCCGGGUUCGGUCUGAGCCUGUGCUAUGUAGCGUCCGUAGUGAUCGUAGCUUAUUAUUUCGACAAGAGACGUUCUUUCGCCACCGGUUUGGCGGUGUGCGGCAGUGGUAUCGGAACCUUCAUAUUCGCUCCGUUAAUUCAGCUGUUGCUGGACGAGUACGGUUGGAGGGGUACCACGUUGAUACUGGCCGGGUUCUUUCUCAACUUGGUGGUGUGCGGCGCAUUGAUGAGGGACCUGCCGUGGACGUCCGCGAAACAAAAAUCGCUUGCGAAGGAGCGUAAACGCACGAGGAACAUGAAACGCAAGAAUCGACUGAUGUCGGCCGAUUCGUUUUCCGUCAGUACCGGCACGUGUACAGCGAGCGUGCUGCAACCUAUUAUGGAAGCGUGCGAGGAGGACGCGGAGGCGCAGAAUCGCAGGCUGUGCACCUCGUUGGUCCACUUGCCGACUUAUAUAAGGGAGGGCGAGAAGAUCCCCGUAGAGGUGUUAGAACUGUUGGCGGGCAACAAGAACGUCUACAACGUGCUCGUCGCAAAUUAUCCGAAUUUGUUGGUGCCGUCGCGCAGUUUCAGCGACUCGGGCAGGUUGAACGAGUCGAAACACGCUAACACGGUCACUCAGCUCGCCUCCACGCCCCCAGCGAUCACCCGUAACCCGUGGUGGUCGAAGAAUACCUCGGAGUCACCGGAAAAGAACGCACCGCCCCAGCGAAAAGUGCCAGCCGCAUUUUUGAAAGACCUGCGCAUCCAUCGGCUUUCGGUGACGUACAGGGGCGCCAUGUUGAACCUGAAACGGUACCGGUUGAGGGCGAGCUCGUGCCCCGACAUCUACCGGAACUCGAUGACGACGAUCGCGCAGGAAAAGGUCCAGUGGUAUGCGGCGCUAUGGGACUUUUGGGAUCUGCUGGUCGACAUGUUUGACUUUUCGCAUUUCGCCGAUCCGAAGUACCUCGUGUUCGCUCUCUCGAAUUUCCUACUCUACACGUGGUACGACGUGCCCUACGUUUAUCUGACCGACAACGCGAGCCAGCUCGGGUACUCAGAUAAGGACGCCUCGAUUCUCAUCUCCAUCAUCGGUAUCAUUAACAUGGUGGGGGAGAUAAUCUUGGGUUGGAUCGGGGACCGAGCCUGGGCUAACGCGGGCAUCAUCUACGCCGCGUGCAUGGUACUGUGCGGCGCCGUCAUCGCCCUCAUUCCGCUGAUCACCAACUACACGUUCUUGUGCAUGGUGUCUGGGGCGUUCGGGUUCCUUAUCGCCGCCAAUUAUUCGCUGACCUGCGUCAUUCUCGUGGAACUGAUCACGCUGGACCGGUUCACCAACGCUUACGGAUUGCUGUUGCUUGUACAGGGAUUUGCCAAUCUGAUCGGACCGCCGUUGGGGGGGUGGCUGUACGACAUCACCGGUUCGUAUCACCUGCCGUUCUACCUGGCCGGGCUGUUCAUCGGUAUAUCCGGUCUGUUGCUGGUGGUUAUACCGAUCACCAAACGCUACAGGCGGUACAUGAAGCGGCGGUCCUCGUCCGAAGACGCCAUUAAGGACACUUCGCCCGGAGACGCAAAGGUCACCGUCUUUUCGUGCUGCGUAGGACACGAGGACGGCGUAGAACAGGGUAGCCGUAUUUAGAGGUGAAGGCGAGUCGGAAUUCCGGCGUUCAAGAUUUUAUUUUUUUUUUGCUUGCCGUUGUCUGUCUGUAGCGAUAGCGAACUACCUACCUCUAUGAAAUAUGAUAUUGAAAAAGUUUGUAAAUAGUUUUCUAAAUUUCUGGCGUAGCCGGGGGCGUAGUUUAUCGUAGACAAUUUUUUCAACCCGGCCGAGGCCGUAACGGUUUUUUCUACCAUCAAAGUCAUGAACGUGUUACUUGGACUUGUGUGCGAAGAUGCCAAACGGCGUGAAACAAGAAAAUGAGGUUAGAUUAGAAAAUUUAUUUUGCAGUCGACAGUUUCUUUUUAAAUCGUGUUUUUUUUUAUGGGAGCGGACUUCACUGUGAAUAAAGUUAGUAAUAAAAAAUCUUUUCGAAAACUCCCCGUACGAGUCUUUCGGGUCGUCUUCGUCGUUUGGCAUCUGUAUAGAUUAAGGCCGCUUUACGGAUAAACUUGAUGAUGAUGAAGAUAUUCUAAGCUGUUUUACCAAUUUUCACAACUCUCCCGUUCUGAAAUGUUCAAAGCCAAUUAGAGUCUAAUAUAAAGGAGCCUUUUUAAAUCGUAGCCGUAGUCUACAUCAGUGAAUACGGCCUGUUUCCUGCAGUAUUCCGAAAUAACAAUUUCAAGUAGUUUUCGUUUGUAAAUAGUCUGUUCGAAGUGUUAUACUUAAAAAAAUAGUUUCAAUUAUUUCGUUCAAUAAACAAGUUUCAUUUA